AUGACCGACGAGGACCAGCACAAGACGGCAAAGCGACCGAUUGCCCAUGCAUACGCCAUGACAAGCUUGCUGGACUACGAGCCGUUCGUGGACAGCACUUCGCGGACGCUGGUCGAGCGACUGGCGGCCCUAUACGCCGAUACGGACAAGGUCUGCGACUUUGGCGAAUGGCUCCAGUGGUACGCAUUCGAUGUUAUUGGCGAAAUGACCUUCAGCAGCAGGUUCGGCUUCCUUGAACAGGGUCGCGACGUUGGCAACAUCAUCAAGACGUUGAACAAAUCUGGAGCUUACACUGCCAUCGUCGGGCAGAUGCCUUGGUUAGAUUACCUGCUGGCCAAAAACCGGGUAUGGGGAGGCGCCUUCUCGAAGGACAGGCAGGGAGUCUCCAACUUUGUCUUGCAAUUAUUGAAGCCCCGGAUUGAGGAGGCAGAUAGGGUUCGGCGUGGCGAAAGCGGCGGCAGCGAUGGCGAGAAGGUCCAGUCUCAGGCUCCGCAGGAUUUCAAGGACCGGACCGACUUCACGGCCAAGUUCAUCUCGGCCUUUGUCAAGUAUCAUGGCUUGAUACCACAAUCACAGUUGCUAGGCUGGUCACUCAGCAACAUCAACGCGGGAUCAGACACAACUGCAAUCACUCUACGCGCCAUCUUCUACUUUCUGCUCCUCAACCCUCCCGCCAUGUCUCAACUGAUGGCAGAGCUGGAGUCGGCCAACCUGUCGCCGCUUCCGCAAUGGCGCGAGACAAGCAACCUUCCUUACCUGGGUGCCGUCAUCAAGGAAGCCUUGCGACUGCACACGCCGGUGGGCCUGAUGCUCGAGCGGGUGGUCCCCAACGGCGGAGCCACUAUCUGCGGCCACUUCUUCCCCGCAGGCACCAUCGUCGGCUGCAACCCAGCCGUCAUUCACAGGGACAAGCGCGUCUACGGCCGGCGAUACGCGGUCGACGAGUAUCGUCCGGAGCGUUGGCUGGAGGCCGACGAGGAAGAAAAGGCAGAGAUGGAGAGGUGCUUCAUGGCCUUUGGCAGCGGGAAGAGGACCUGCAUCGGGAAGAACAUCAGUCUGCUCGAAGUGUAUAAGCUGGUGCCGCUUCUGUUGAAGCGCUUCAAGCCGAAUCCUCGGGGCUCGGCGAGCAUUUGCUGA